AUGAAAACCCUGAAAGUCGAAAUUCUUACAACCGAUGCGUCGCUUCUUCUUGCGAGGACAAGAGUUGCCCUAGGGAUGACGACUUGGAUGCUCUUUGAUAGACGAACAGGUGAAUGGACGACACUUAUGCGUUGUGCAGAUCCUUUGUUGCCUGCCUGCAUUCUGUCGUUAUCAAAGGAUUGCGCAUUAUUCGUCCUGCCCACUGUCAAGGCAGAACCUUGCGUUAUCAAGGUGACUAAAUCAACUACCCUUCAAGGAAAACCAAUGAUCGGAAUCAAAAGCUUGUAUCUUUGCCGGAGUGGUGAAGUCGACCAAAGUCUUUUUACACUCUCGCGCGUGGGCCAAACGAUCAGCGCGUUACGACGCGUACAGGAUUCAGCAAUCUUGUACACAUGGAAGCUCCGUGAUGACUGGUUCACUGAUGCUGGACCAUCUCGGCAAACACCAGAACCUAGUACGCUCCUCUUACCGUUAUACAGUGGGAAAGAUGAAAUAGCUAUCGUUGGCCUAGUUCCAGGAAGUAGAACUCACGUCCUGGGUAUAAAGUUCUGCGAUGAUGCUCUUCCUGAAGAUUUCAUAAUCACUGGGCAGGAAGUACCAUAUUGUCCCUCACCACCCAAGCAGGACUGCUUUGUUGGGCCACGGGACAGAGCAUAUACCUAUAGCAGAGUUUGCGCCAAUUGGAAAGGCAUAAUUUCUGAAGAUAGAAAGCUCAUCCUGUCCAAGUCUUCAGCUGCUUAUGGGGAGGUCGUAAGAGAGAUACGCUCUAUGCAAGAGAUUCAAUUGGUUGCAAAGAAACCAGAUGAAUGGAAUAUAUUUUCAGCAAAGUUUGAUCACUGGAUACGUAUGGGAAAGGAGACAUGGAGCGGCGAUGUGAUGCCUAGGAUAUAUCUCGAGACAUUUGAGCUUAGAUGUACCGAGGAGUGUCAACAAACUUGA